AUGCAGCUCCCCAAGCACAAACUCAUCCAGUCUUGCAAAACUAGAUGGAAUUCAGUGUUGGACAUGUUUGAGAGGCUGCUUGAACAGCGAUGGGCAGUGACCGCUGUUUUGUCCGACCGCACUGUCACAAAACAGCAAGACGCCAGAGUGCUCGAGAUCAGGGAUGAAUACUGGGCAAUAAUAGCUGAUUUAAAACCUGUCCUGGAAAAACUGAAAUGCGCAACCACCAUCAUGUCAUCUGAGAAGACAGUGUCGAUCUCUCACAUCUACCCCAUCACCUUCAGCAUCAUAAAGAAACACACGAUCAAAACGACCUGCGAUAGGCCUCGGGUGGCGGAGUUCAAGGCCACAGUUCGACAAUCACUGAGUGAGCGCAUGGAGGUUGACAACAAAGCACGCUUGGUUGCCAUGCCAGCGCUGAUGGCUUCUGCCCUGGAUCCUCGGCAUAAACACCUCCUGUUUUUAGCAAGAGAUGAAACAAAGGCUGUGUUUGAUAAGUUGAAUGAACUUUGUGCUCAUGACCUGGAGGACCAUGCAGCUAUUGCGGAGGACAUGGCUGAAACGUCCCCAAUAGACAUGACUCACUCCUCGGUCAGCAUGGGCUUAGCCAAGACGUCAACAACCAAGGAACUAGAGUGA